GGCGUGCGCCGUAGAUCGUCCCCCACCAACGUUGCCGCCGCCGCUGCCCCGUACGUUUCGUCGUCGACGGUCGUUGCCGUUGUUUUGGUAUUACUUCAUUCCCCCACCGCUGCCGCCGUCACAGCCGCUGUUCGUCGACGACGACUAUCACCGCCGCAUUCGUUGUUACUCCCGGCCGUCAUUACCGAUCGUAUUAUUUGUUAUUAUUGUUGUAUUUAUUACUAUUACUAUUGUUAUUAUUGUUGCCAUUAACGAGUGCGUCGUGAAUGCGUCAACCGACUUUCGUCAAUCGACGGUAAACACCAUCAAUUGUCAUUUUUCGCCGUCCGCCGUCCGACGGCAGAUCCGCCUCGACGCCGUCCGUGCAUUCGUUGCUUCGCGUUGUUCAAGUUUCCGUUCGGUCGCCGUGUCUCACUCGUCCCCGCGUCGGUUGCCUACCGCGUCGCGCGCGUUCACACGCACCACGCACACACUCGCGCGCGCCUAUCGCACAUACGUACGCAGUCCACAUACGCGUUCACGCAUACGCACGUAUUUGUCGUCCGGACGGUCCGUGGAUAUUCAUCCGUGGUUGCCGUUCUCUCGACGACCACUGUAUUGCUACUGCGUUGUCUCUCUAUGUGCUUGCCGUUCGGAAACAUUCGAUUCCACGGCAGUGUCCACUGACGUUCUGCACCGGUGACGACGACGGACGUGGUUGAUAGGCGAGAAGCAGAUACCUACAUGUUUAACUCGAAAGUUCUCAUCAAUCAUUACAAAUGCCAUAUGAACCACUCGUUGUAUUGCAUAGACUGGCGCCCAAAGACGUAAGCCAGUUGAUCCAACAAAAUCAGCCCCCGUCUGCAGUUAUUAACCCGCAGCGUAAAAAUGCUCAUACAUUUAAAAAAAAUGAAGAGAGUAAUGUACAAUUAUCAGAGAGGGACUUAGACGGAAAUAAUAGUGGUUCAUCAUUAGAAAAUCAACAAGAGUCUAAACUAAGAGUGCUAAAAAAUAAUCUUAAUGGUAUUCAUCAUGACGAUCAACAUAAUGACAAACAACCUCAUGAAAUAUUACCUAAGCAACAAAAACUAGAAAAUCGUUUGAAAAAUUAUGGUGGCAUAAAAUUUACCGAUAGCUCUAACCUCGAACCAAAUGAUCUUUUUAACAAAGAAUUAGUUGUAGUUAUUGAUAACUGUUUCAAUGAAAUGAUGAGAGAAAUCAUGGUUAGUACUGCAUCUCAUACAAAGUUACGGAACAACUUGACAGUUGCUAGCAACAGUAACAGCAACAGCCAUACUACUAAUGAUAGUUCUGGAACUUCGACUCGUUGCCCAAAUGAUUAUAAAGGCAAUUAUGUAACAGAUUCUGUUAAUAUUAAUAUUGUAAUGACUUCUAAAUCUUCUAAAUCUCCACCAUCAACUCCUGUAUUAGAGGUGAUAGACAAAAAAAAUAAAGAAGUUUCAUUUAAUAACCAGGAACAUAUUAUUACAAUAGAAGAGCUUGAUAAACAGAUAAAUUUUAACAAAAUUCAACAUGAUUCUUCAGGACUUAGCUUACGUACAAGAACGAUAUCAUCUACUUCGAUACCUUCUGCAUUGCAUCAAUCAACUAUUUCUACCGCAACUUCAGUGCAGUCAGUUAGUUCCAAUUCACCCAUUCCUGGCCCUAGACCUCGUGGUCGACCACCACGGCAAAAAAUACUAAACCAUACAGCUAACAGAAAAUUAUUAUUACAAAACACUAGUAAAAAAGUUGAAUCACUUGCUUGUAAUUUAGAACUUUUGCAAUCGCAGCAAAUUAAAUUAAAUCAAUGUAAUGGUAUUCAUGAUUACAAUCAUGAUCAAGAAAAUAGUGAUAAAAAUAUUGAUUCAAAGAUUUCUGAAUCAGACAAACAUUCAAUUUUGAUACCAGAUAUUAAUAAAAAUGAAGAAUGUGCUAUUUUAGAUGAUGCUUGUAAAAAGAAAUGUAAUGCCCGUAAAAGAAAACAAUCUAAUGUCACAGAUGUAGUAUGUAAAAAGCGUUUAUUAGUCUCCAAUAAUCACAAUGAUUCAUUAGUGACUGAAGGUAAUUCAACAGAGAAGUCUUCAUUAUUAACCACUUCAAAGGAUGAAGUUCAUUAUGGCUUCUUAGCUAGCUGUAACAUUGGUGAUCGAUAUCAACAAUUUACUGAUAAGAGGACACCAUAUUCUUUUUUUUAUGGUUGCACAUAUUGGCCAACAAAUUGGGAGUAUUCAGCAGCAGCACUUACAGGUCAUGUUCAAAAAAAAGCAUCCAAAGAUUCAUUACGUAAAAUUCGAUUAUUAUGUAGUGAAGGAUCAACUACUAAAAUUAACAGUUCUCUUCCACCACCACUGAAAAGUAUAUCAUCAAUUAAUAAACAUCAAACAUCAAUUGUACAAAGACGUGGAACUGCUAGCAAAUGUAUUCAACCCUCUAUUGAAGUGUCAAGUGGUUUGAAAUAUCCUUCAACACCCCCUGUUAUUGUAAAACGACCAGGUAGACCUCCGGGGAAAAAAAAUAAACUUUUUCAGUCUGUGCUUAAAUCAAAUAGUCCCCGGAAAUCACCUCGACAACAUGCAUCUACAUUGGCAGCAAUUUUGUCUGGCAAGAGAAUAAGUUGUAAUGAUAAACUAAUAGCCCAACAAACGGGUCAAAAAAUAGACUUAGAUAUAGAAGAGUCUAAUAAAAAUUCUAUAGAUAUGGAUGGGCCAUGUAUUUUGAAAAUGGCUGUACCAAAGCCUGAACAUAAGUCUGGAUUCCGUCAUUAUAGACGUCGUCAAUUAGAUCAUCAACACGAUAUCAUAAAACGGCGUCGUCGUCGGCGUCGUUCGAUUACUCCACCGCCUCCUAAAUUAUGCGCUCAACAACCGGUUCCACAAAAUAAUUCUAUAAAUGAUUCUGUAGUUGAUCAAGAAAUGGUGAAACUACGUACAAAACAUGUAGAUGUAGUUAGAAGGCGAGCACGGGACGAGAGAUUACGCGCUGCAUUCGUAUGUCAACAAUUGCACAGAGUACAAGAAAUAGCUGAACUGAAUCGCCGUAAUUUAGCUGAGGAAAAUUUACUUCUGCAUAAUGAAAUUGAACACGAUUUUCCAAUUUUACCACUUGAAAACAAUCAAGAUAAAAUUUGGUCUUCUAUAGAAGUUGAAAAUGAUCGCGAACCUGAUAAUAUGUGUUUACAAAUUAUGUACGAACAAACUGCAGAUAAAAGGUUUCUCCGUACUAAUUUAACUGAUGAAACUUUGCAAAUGUACCAUCAACAACGUGAACUGGCUUUAGCUGAGCGUUUAACAAAUAAUUAUUAUGGUGAUAGUGUAUUUUCUGAUUUCGGAACAGACAUGAUAUCAGCUACAAAUAAACGUAAGAAAAAACGACCAAACAUGACUGGUUGGCCAAAAGAAAAACGUCGGAAAAUUAUAGCUUCUGCUUCAUCAAUAUCCACAACCAUCGACACAUUAAAUGUUGAUAGUGAUGUUGAAAGAAAUGAAGAAAUGUUGAAACGUCGAAGAGCAGCAGCAGCACGAGCACAGAGACUUAGACGACAACGAAUAAAAUUAGAACAGCUGCAACUGGCAGCUAAAGAAAAGGUAAAAGAUAAAGUAGUCUUACCUAAACGACGCCGAGGUCGACGUCCUGGUCCACUUAAAAAAAAUAAGACUACCACAUACCGACGUCGUAAGACUAGCGUGAGUAGUAAUGGUACAACAGCUAGUAGUAAUACUAGUAAUACCACUACAGAAAUUAAAGAAAAAAAAUUGACUGCUAAGAAACAACGACGGAAGCGUUUGCUUUUGGAAAAUAAAACGAUAGCACCAGUACCUGAAUCUACUGUUGAGCCCAAUACAGUUGUAAAACGAAGUUGUGGAAGGCCUAGAGGAAGUGUGGGUCGGCGUCAACGAUGGAAAUUACAACGUCAUCAUCAAAAUCAAACGUCUAUGUCACCCGAACAGCAAAAAGAAAAUGUCCUGUCUCAAACAAGUACAGGUAAACUGAAAUGUGUAAUUUCAACUCGUAAUAAUCGAAUGAAAUUAUUGCCGUCUUCCAGCAACAGUUCUUCAGCUUCAUCUAAUCGAAAUAAAACUAAAAAAUCGGCAGUUGCUUAUAAUUUAUCAUCUUGUUUAGAAUCACUGUCAUCAUCAAUGACAGUAGUUGGUAAAACUACUAGAACUACUGUAAAAAGAAAAAGACUACAACAGCAGCAACAAAUUGCUCCAACUACAGUUACAUGGGAUGUCGGUAGACCUAAAAGAUACCAUUCAGCAAAUAAUGGUAGAAAUGCUGGUGGUGUUGUUGUUGAAGAAGAUUGCUGUUUUGUUGGUUCCCAGCCAUUUGAACAACAUUGUCCAGGUGUUGGAGGUUUAAAUCACAAUACUGUGAUUGAAAAUCAGCAAGAUCAAAAAGAAAAUACUGUACAUUUGGCUGAUUUAUAGUAAAUAUUAGAAUUUAUUGUUCAUUAUUAAUUUCUUUUAUUUAACAUUUUUGUAUAGGUGAAAUUUUAA